GGAUCUCAGAGCUGGCCGACAUGAGUCUACGUGAGUACGUCAGACCAUACGACGCCGCUCAUCGGGCCAUCAUAGCCGGACCAGCCCCAAUAUCAAGUACUGCAGGUGGGACUCAGUUAUCUAACUUGUUUCAUCGCCGGACGGUGCAAAGUUAUAAGUACCCGAGUCGUUUACUGCGAGGCACGUUGCGAGAUAUCCCACUUUUCCCUCUGUCUAUCCGCUACAACUACACUGAAGAAUGCCGCCGAAGUCGCUGGUGUGGUUUAUAACAGGUACAUCCACGGGCCUUGGGAAAGCCCUCGCGGAGGUAGUCCUUUCUCGCGGCGACCGUGUCAUUGCGACGGCACGCUCGCUGGACACGAUCAAGCAUCUCGAGUCUCCCAGCUGCAAGACGCUGCAGCUCGAUAUCACCGACAGCUUUGAUGCGAUACAGGCAAAGGUGAAAGAAGGGUUCGAUGUUUGGGACAGAGUAGAUGUUCUCGUGAACAACGCAGGCCUUGGCUCCUUAGGCAUCACAGAGGAAAUGGGGGCAACUGGAUACAUGAAGGCGUUCAACAUCAACCUCUUUGCAGCUAUGAAUAUAACGAUAGCGAUCUUACCGUUCCUGAGGGAACAGAAGUCGGGAACAAUUGUGCUCAUGGGAAGCAGGCAUGCCUGGAAAUGUCAGUUCCCAUACAUCGGCGCAUAUGCCUCGUCGAAGGCAGCAAUACACGCUUGGGGCGAAUGCCUCUCGACCGAGGUGAAGCCCUUCGGCAUCCACGUGCUCAUUGCGCAACCCGGCGCACACCGCACGGGCAUCAUUGCCACUGCGCAGGCGCAUUGGCUCGGCGGAGACACAAUUGAAGACUACGACUCUAUGCGGGAAGCCGCGGCGAAGCGGUUCAGAAACCAGCACGGCAAGCAGCCAAACGACUCCAUGAAGUCUAUGUCCGUCCUCGCUGAUGUCGUGCGCGGCGAGGGUCCCGCCAAGGGGAAGCAGAUGCCACUGUGGCUGGUACUCGGAAAGGAUGCGGAGGAGGACCUACGAGCGAAUGUCCAGCAGCGUCUGGAGAAUCUUGACGAGUGGAAGGACGUCACCAGGAACGUGGUCGUAGACUCAGAUGACGCUGUACUCAUCUAGCUAUGUCCAUGUCGGCGCCGGUAUGGUUGACGCAGUGUAGCUUGUUGUUAAGUACGAGGCUGCCGUUAGUCACCAAUCAGAUGUUGCGAUAGUAGAGACAAUUGAUGCCGGAAAGUUAUGGUACAGAAAAUACAACACCAGAGAUGUCUAGCCGGUAAUGUACUCAUGAGACUGCGCGUCCAUACAUAAUGAUAGGGGAGUGAAUUGCGAAAAGUGCUGGCGAGUAUCCAUCAUGAAUCAAAUGUGAGGCGCCAGAGAAACGCUAAACUUACAAAAUAUGAAAGUCCGUUUAGAUACCCAACUUGUCCGACACCUUCAUCGAGCGCAAUACAGGUAUGACCUCGUGCACAUCCUGCGGCUCCCAUACAUCGCCGACGAUACGAUGUGCGAUAACGAAACAGCCGCUUUUCAUUUCGUCUUCACCGACACUGUCUCCUUCCACGCCAAGACUCUCCAAGGAGCGUAUGCUGGGAGAUGACAGUGUGGGCGUAGACGCAGCUGAAACACGACCCGAGCUCUCUGAGUGUGCGGGAGAGAACGCUUCGAGCGAGGAUAUGCUGCGACGGAUAGUGAGGUGCUUUAUCCGCUUGAAGCCCCGGGUGAGUGAGUCUGCGCAAGCGGACGAUGGAGCAUCGACUGCAGCCUUCGCCUUCGCUUUCGUCUUCGGCCUCAGUCUCUGGGUACCUCGAAGGGUUACGAAACUAGAAGCCAGCCCUGGGCUCGCACCCAUGAGCGAAUAUGGCUCGAAAUUAUCGGAAUCAUAAAGAGUAGUACGCGUCUCUGAGCGAGGGGCAUCGGGAGACGGGCUUGAGGCGAUGGUGUGCCUAGCGACUGUCGAGGAAGAUUCCACGAACGGAUCAGGUCGUAGCCA